AUGUACGAAGGGAUUGACAACUUGAAAUCCCUUUACGACCGUUCCGGGAAGACUUUCUACGGCGGUCCUUCUGCGGCACAGGAUGUGCCGCGUCGUACUACUCAACCAGACCCAGUACGUCAACCAUCAGAUGGGAGCGGGGCUCCCAGGAAUCCCAGGACGGGGGAUAGCCGCGCCACCGGACGAGAUAACUCGUCCGACGUCCGUUCACGUCGCGGUGGUUCAACAGCUGCUCAACUAGAUAGCGCUGGCCACCGUGAGAGUUCUCUAAUGGAGGUGGAGGAGGAGGAAAGACGCUCUCCACACGAUCAUGUGGAUCGGUGUGUUCCCGAGAGCUUCUUUGAUCGCGUAACGCAAGGGUUACGCAACGAUCUCGAACAUGAGCGGGACAGGCGUCUCCAAAUGGCGGACACUGUCUCGAAGCAUCGAGCUGAGUUUGCCUUUGCUCAGCUCGAGAACGAGAGAUCUCUGACAUCUCUUCGUGACGAGCUAAGGGUAGCUCGUGGGAUCGUUGAUCGGUCUCGGGAUGAGAUAGCUGCUCUUCAGACCCUUGUUGAUGCCCACCAUCGGGAGCACAAGGCUCUCUGCGAGAUGCUUGAGCGCAAGGGCGUUCUUCAUUGGAAGAAGCAGCGUACUGAUGGUACGGCUUAA